GCCGUGUGUGGCUGUGGCUCCCAGGACUCGUUGCCGUUCCGGCCGCUCCGGGAGGGGGAUUUGUUCUUCCCCGAGGACCGGGAGGUGAAUCUGGUGGAGCUGGCGUUGGCCACCAACAUCCCCAAGGGCUGUGCCGAGACCACGGUCAGAGUGCACGUGUCCUACCUGGAUGGCAAAGGGAACCUGGAGCCGCAGGGAGCAGUGCCCAGCGCCGUGUCCUCGCUGACCGAUGACCUCCUCAAGUAUUACCAGCACGUGACCCGCGCCGUGCUGGGCGAUGACCCCCAGCUCAUGAAGGUGGCUCUGCAGGACCUCCAGAGCAACCCCAAGAUCGCGGCGCUGCUGCCCUACUUCGUCUACGUGGUCAGUGGGGUGAAAUCCGUGAGCCACGACCUGGAGCAGCUGAGCCGGCUGCUGCACCUGGCCCGGAGCCUGAUCCAGAACCCGUUCCUGUGCCUGGGCUCGUACGUGUGCAGCCUCAUGGGCUCGGUGCUCUACUGCGUCCUGGAGCCCUUGGCCGCCUCCAUCAACCCCCUCAACGACCACUGGACCCUGCGGGACUACGCGGCCAUGCUGCUGGGCCGCAUCUUCUGGAGUCACGGCGAGCUGGUCCGAGGGCUGUACCAGCAGAUCCUGCUCUCGCUCCAGAAGGUUCUGGCGGAUCCGGUGCGGCCGCUCUGCUCCCACUACGGCGCCGUGGUGGGGCUGCACGCGCUGGGCUGGAAGGCAGUGGAGCGGGUGCUGUACCCCCACCUCCCCACGUACUGGCCCAACCUGCAGGCCGUGCUGGACGAUUACUCCGUGUCCAACGCUCAGGUCAAGGCCGACGGCCACAAAGUCUACGGCGCCAUCCUGGUCGCCGUGGAGCGGCUGCUGAAAGCCAAAGCUCAGUCCUCCUCCUCCUCCUCUUCCUCCUCCUCUUCCUCCUCGUCGUCGUCGCCGCUGUCGCCGCUGUCGCCGUCGCUGCGGGACAUGUACCGCGAGCUCUACGAUUUUUUUGGGGACAGCCUGGCCGCCCGUUUCGGUACCGGCGCCCCCGCCGAGCCCCCGAGCCCCCCGGGGGCGUCCGAGGGUGCCCGCAAAGAGCCCCCGGCCGAAGGGGCCGCCCGUAAAAUGCCGCAGUUGACGAACGCCACGGUGAGCCCGAGGGACGAGGAGCCCCCCCCGGCACGACCCCCCCUGCACCGAACCCCGGGACCCCCGCCCCGACCCCGCGGGACCCCCCGCACCCCCUCCGGCCACCGGCCCGGCGCUCGGGACGUGUUCCAGAAAUGUCGCUUCGCCCCUCGGGGACCUCCCCGCUUCAGUUUCGUGAUCGCGGGGCGCCAGACCGGGCGCCGCUGCCCCGGCCGGAGGUUCCAGACGAGUUUCCCGCAGCCGCCCGGGGCCGCGCUCGGCUCCCGCUACGCGCAGAGGCUCCCGAUGAUCGGCAGGACCGCGAGGGCCCCGCGGCGCUGGCCACGGGCCGAGUACUCGCUGCUGCUGCUGCUGUGA